AUGGCUACUGUUUCAACUGUGCCUUGUCAGUACAAGACGGGGAAAAUUCUUGGACAAGGAACUUACGCCGUUGUAAAAGAGGCACAGCAUAUUAAAACAGGUCAAAUGUUUGCAGUUAAGGUUAUUAAUAAAAAAUUAAUGGAAGGCAGGGAACACAUGGUUAGAAAUGAAAUUGCAGUGCUGAAACGAGUAUCGCAAGGAAAUAAAAAUAUUUUGACAUUGGUUGAUUAUUUUGAGACUAUGAAUAAUCUUUAUCUGGUCACGGAACUUGCUGAAGGUGGUGAACUAUUUGAUCGUAUUUGCGAAAAAGGCCAAUUUUAUGAACGCGAUGCUGCGAAUAUUGUACGUAGUAUAACAGAAGCAGUAGCUUAUCUCCAUGAAAAUGGAAUAGUCCAUAGAGACUUAAAGCCCGAGAACCUUCUUUUCCGUACGCGUGCCGAUGACUCUGAUCUUCUUGUUGCCGAUUUUGGUCUCUCUAAGAUCAUCGAUUCGGAAACGUUUCACGUGCUUACUACUACUUGCGGUACACCCGGUUAUAUGGCCCCUGAAAUUCUCGCCAAAGAAGGACACGGAAAACCGGUGGACUUAUGGUCAAUUGGAGUGAUUACUUACUUCCUAUUAUGUGGAUAUACACCAUUCGAGCGUGACGAUAGCCUUGCGGAAACUAAAGCGAUUUUAGAAGCUGAUUAUAAGUUUGAACCCGUGGAAUAUUGGGAAGGGGUUUCCGAUAUCGCAAUAGAUUUCAUAAAGAAGCUUUUAACCCGCGAUCCACGAAAACGGUUAACAGCCGUGGAUGCACUUCACCAUCAAUGGCUCUCGUCCUUGAGUUCAGUAAACAUUCCUCGUGAUUUAUUGACAAACGUUCGUCAGAAUUUCAAUGCACGUCGUACUUUUAGAAAGGCCGUAGAUGCCGUUAAAAUGAUAAAUACUCUAAAUACUCUAACGAGAAGUGGUAGUGGUAGUAGUUUGGCGGUGGCGGGUUUGUUGGAGAAAUCUCGUGCUGAGGCUGAUGAAGAUGUAGAUCAAUCAAUUUUGGCCUUUAAAUUAUUGUUAAUAGCACAAUACAAUAAAGAAAAUUCUGCGCAUAAAAAAAAACGAUUAUUAUUUGGGAUCGACAUGUCAAAAAAUUAUUUGCAGGAAGCGCACGUGACCUACACUAUAAUUUCUGACAGAAAUUAUGUUGAAACCCACGCAAAAUGUCAUACACACUUGAAUCCUUCAACAAAUACAGGCGUCCCGAUAACAGGAACCUAUCGUACGCCAGCUCCAGGUUCACAGUCUAAAUAUGUUCGGCCAACAACAAAACAUUCCGAUCUCGCUGAGAAUUACUAUUUUCAACGAGACGCACGUCGAGAUUAUCCCAGAUUGAGUGUAUUUACGCAAAAAGAUGUGGCUUUAUUAUUCGCGGCGAGCAAUAUGAAAAGUAUUACGGCUGGUGGUAAUGGUGCUGAAAAAGGAACAGACGUCACAGCAACAACCGAUACAACAACAGAUAUAUCAAAAAUUGCUGAAAAUAUGUCAUUGACCGAUAUUAUCGCAGCUUUGCCAAAACCAUUAUAUUCCAAGGAUAAAUUGCCUCCAGUACCUAAUAAAGGUUCUCAUCAAUGGGAAUAUUCGAAGGAUGCUGAUAGACCUGAUCCCGGGCAAAAUAAUAUUCCGCAGCAACAAACAGCCACGACAACCAUUUCACAAACUAACACUAAAAAAGAUAAGAUUACUACCAGUACAGCGAUCACAGAAACAACAACUAAUAUUAUUACUAACAGAACUGUUCACUCGAAAGCAUGGCUACACCUGGUCGCAGGAGGUGUCGGCGGCAUGGCUGGUGCCUUAGUCACUUGCCCAUUAGAUGUUUCAUCUUAUUAUUCGAAGAUCGGUCCCAAUAAAGUAACAACACGCCCAUCAACAAUUCCAAUGCUGGGAAAAUUUAUAGACACAGGAAAAAUAUUAGGAGUAAUUUAUCGAGAUGAGGGUUGGCGGGCAUUAUUCAAAGGUCUUGGACCGAAUCUGGUGGGAGUUGUUCCAGCAAGAGCAAUUAAUUUUUUUGCGUAUGGCAAUGGAAAGCGAAUUCUAACAGAUCUUAAUGGUGGGCAAGAAACGGCAAUGGUACACGGCAUAGCAGCCAUACUAGCGGGAUUAGCCACGUCAACUGCAACCAAUCCUAUAUGGCUAGUUAAAACACGAAUGCAACUACAAUCAUCAACCGGGAAAUUAUUAUUCCCGAUUAAAAAAUAUAGGAAUUCCGUUGACUGUGUAAUAACGGUGGUGAAAGAAGAAGGAAUAAAGGGACUUUAUAGAGGGCUUAGUGCAUCGUAUUUAGCGACUCUGUCAAAAAGACGGCAAGGUCAACACAAAAUGGAACCGGAUGAUGUUGAAACUCUUGUACGAAGUAAAGAUUAUUGGCAUCUAUUGGAUUAUUUUUUAGCUGCCGGAUCAUCCAAGCUUUUCGCAGCAGGAUUAACAUACCCUCAUGAGGUAUUAAGAACGCGUCUGCGACAACUACCAAACGAAAGAGUAAAAUACACCGGAUUAAUUCACUGUGCAAAAACUAUUAUUCGGAAUGAAGGUUUAACAGCGAUGUAUGGCGGCUUGACGGCACAUUUGAUGCGUGUUGUUCCUAAUACUGCGAUAAUGUUUUUUUGUUACGAACUGAUUUUACAUUAUGCCGGAACAGAACAAACUCAAAAGUAG